UGACGGGGAUGCGGAGAUGCAAGUAACCUAUCAACAGUCUCCACCCAUAAAUCGGGUAACUUGGGGAGGUAAAAUUGAGUUCGUCCUCUCCUGUAUCAGUUAUGCUGUCGGUUUGGGAAAUGUAUGGAGAUUUCCCUAUCUCUGUCACAAGAAUGGCGGAGGCGCCUUUCUCGUGCCAUAUGUGAUUAUGCUUGCAAUAGUCGGCCUUCCACUCUUCUUCCUUGAAUUCGCCUUCGGUCAAUUCGCCAGUCUCGGUCCCAUCUCAAUUUGGAAUGUCUCGCCCCUUUUUAAGGGUAUUGGAUAUGCAAUGGUUGCAGUCUCUUGGAUCAUGUCUCUCUACUACAAUGUGAUUGUAGCCCAAGCACUACUCUAUCUCUUCUACAGUUUCACUCGCGAACUGCCCUGGACCCACUGUAACAAUACAUGGAAUGAUCCUUCCACAUGUGUCGAUCAAGCGCGUAAUCUUACAGAAUCGUUUGCAAAUAGGACACUGCCAGAAAACAAGACCUUCACAUCUCCUGCUGAGGACUUUUUCUAG